GCCAAACCCGUCGAGCCUCUUUCCAGGUGCCGCCACAAGCUUGCGGUGCACUGAUGACCUUCGCAUCGGAAACCAAAGGACGUGCACCACUGUUGCUCCAGCUGUUUCCGUGUCGUCCAUACAUCACAUUCUAAACUCUACUGGUCGUCUUUGUUUCUUUCUCUAGAACCAUCACAUCUGGCCAAUAUUCACGGUUCACGGCCAUCUUUCCUUUAUUCCAGACCACCAACGACAGGCUACCGACGAGUUGGCAACAACAUCGCUCAUAUUUCCCCCGAACCUUGUUCCUUCUUGGUACUCCUCCGCCUUGUUUGAAUCAGAGAGCCUGCUUCGGUCAAGCAAAACUACUGGCCUUUUCCUCCGACUAUCAUUCCUCCACUUUCCCACAACAACCACCCUUCAAACACACUGCAUCGUUGUCCCAGGCCUGCUGGCAACUCGCGACCCAAAUCGCCUCAUCCUCUUGUACGAUAUCUUGGUCGCUCGCUCUGCUAUAUUAGCAUCUGUCCAACAAACCUCUUAUCCUCACCUUUCCUUGACUCCACCACGCCGUGUCGCCCGACUUCCGCGGCGUCAAAUACCGUGCUACUCCUCGCCGGUUGUUCCCUGUAUCCUCGUUCCUGGAAAGUUCUUGCCUGGUACUGGCCCUCAUAGACUUCCUGGUCUCGACACAUCUGUUUGCGACCCUGCUGGCCCAAGAGGCCUGAUGCGGCACCUUGCCAUGACUGUGGGAUAAGACGAGCACAACUUGACCAUUCUUGUUCGACAUGGACCUCAGUGAGCAGGAUCUGUAUCAGCAAGCUCUGUAUUCGACACAACAAUUUUCGAGAAAUCCUUACAAAGAUACCCAUUUGGCGUUUCCGCAUCAUCUUCAACAACAACAGCAAUAUUAUGACUUGAACUACACCCCAUAUGUCCUCGGCCAUCAGCAAGGCGUGGACGAAUUCUUUCCUGGCUAUGGAACAGAGUAUGCCGAUUUCAUGUAUCCUGGUAUGGGUCAGGAUGAAUUUGGAGAAAUGGAGGAGAUAUCAACACGACCUCGUUUGACCAAGGAACAAGUUGAGGUUUUGGAGUCUCAAUUUCAGGCGAAUCACAAACCCAACAGCCAGGUCAAACGCCAGCUUGCGAUUCAGACCAAACUCACCUUGCCACGAGUCGCCAACUGGUUUCAAAAUCGUAGAGCCAAGGCCAAACAGCAGAAGAAGCAGGAGGAAUUCGAAGCACAGAACGGUGGAACGGCUAAUGACUCGAAUGGGUCAACCUCGUCCAAACCUGCCUCGGCCGGCCCAUCGUCGCCGACAAAGUCGAUUUCAUCUCCCAGCAAACGCUCAGUGUCUUCUCGACAUGCUUCACCGUCGCCCACCAGAGUGAGGGACACAUCCAAGGAAGCCAGUUGGGCCUCCCUUCAGCGCGCUCUUAACUCGGCCAAGGUCGCCCAGGCUACACAACCACAGCCAGGCCAGAUCAAGCCGAGUAUGGCACCUCCAGGACUUCCACUACAGGCGACUGCCAUGAACCUACCAAUCAGAUCCAGUCGGCCCAAUUCAGUCGCGCAGCAUCCUUUGGGGGAGCCAUGGGCGGUGCAACGGCCAGCCGGAGAACCAUAUCCAUCUCCAAUCACCUUACAAGACACCUCAUUCGAUUUCGGCUUUGAUCAAGAUACUUUCACCUCACAGCAGGCUGUCGAACAACCAGAAGCUCCGACCGAUUACUCCUCAAGCGCAUUUGUGGUCACUCCCGAGGACUGGGAGGAGCCAUUGGCCACGCCCAAGAAUGCUGCCGGCAGCUUUGACCCGUCUGCUGCUCUUCCAUCUCCAGGCUUGACAGGCCCAUCCUACCCCGGCUCGCGGCGUCAAUCCACCACGGACGAUCUGUCCAACAACUUCGGAAACUUUGCCUUGGCGAGCAGUUCACCCAACAUUGUCAAGGCAAGGAGGCAAUCAGAGACCAUUCGUGCUCCCGAGAACGGCAACCUUGACAUUGCAGCGAGAAGAAAACGACCACGGCCGGCGCCAUUGACUUCAUCGUCGCUGCGAAGUCGAUCAUAUGGGGCCAUGACGUCGGUGUCACCCACAUUCCGCCACGGAACUGCCACGCCUCAGGCACCUCAUACGGUCAGACACGUCAAAUCUGCGGGCCAUGGCCUCAACUCUCGAUUUGCAGGGGUGCGUAAGGCGAGCUCGGCGCAGAGGUCUCCAAUGUGUGUUUCGACAUUCGCGGAGAAUGAAGCCUUUCAUCAAUUGAUGGCGCAGCAGGCGAUGGCGGCACAAUCAUUGGCAGAUUUGCCUCAGCCUAUGCUGUCGCCCGGUGUCAUUUCUGGCAGUCGUGUGCAUGAACCGGAGAAGAACCCAUUCUUUGCUCACAACAUCGAAAUGCCACACUCGUAUCAACAGUCUCUCCACAUCACCACUGCAUCCCCACCCAUCACACCGUUGGCAAGCGAUUUCCUCAACCACGGUGUGCCGUCGCAGCCAGCGUUUGUUCCAGCGUCUGCACCACCACAGUAUGCGUCAUUUCCUGACUACACGCCGCCAUACUCUGCGGGGCCUAUGACCAACAGUAGUUGGUCGGAUGCUCCUUUGACUUCGCCCGAUGGCACGGCAUUUCCUUCAUCGUCGUAUAUGGGGUACAUCAAUCAAGGCGAUGGUCUCCCAGCCAACUUUCAACAGUUUGUUUUGGCCUCGGACAAGACCGACAUUUCAAUCGAUGGCAUGAAUGACCACAAGAAAACAGAAUUCUAUAUCCAAGAAUUCCCCAACCAACGACGAGAACAUGCUCAUGUCGCCCAGCAACUGCCAAAUCAGACUCCCAAGAGCUACACAUUUGCUAAUUUCGCCCCCCAGGAUUAUGACUAGGUCAAUUGGACCAGACCAAAGAAUCUAUUGCCAUGUUUUUGCCAACUGGAAAUGUGUACGGAUACAACAGACAAUGUUUGAAUAUUUUUGAGCGAUUUGGAUACCAAAAUGAAAGAGGAGGACAUUCAUUCAUGGAAUUAACCAGCAAAGACCAUUCUCUCAAGGGUGAGGAAUGCAGAUGGUUAGAAAUGUGAACUUUAGUAUUGGGGGCGCUCCACGGUACUCUCACUGGUGGGACAUAAUCCACACCGAGCAGACAGUACCAUGGAUAUGACAACACGUGUAGCAAGAUUAAUAACAGACCCGUGACGGCCGCUAGCCUAUUGAAUGGGCAUUUUCCACCUUU